AUGAGCAAAAAGGCUAAAUCUAAGGCUGAUGAAAUUGAUGCUAUAAUCAACAAAAAACCGAACGAUGUCACGGAACCUGUGAGUAGAUUGGACUUGAAAUCAAUCCCUAAUGAAUUUCUCAAGGGCUUGCGUUCGAGAGUAGAGCUUAUAGAGGAAAUACUCAAAAGGUUACGCGAUGAUAAAGUUGAUGCAGUUGGCAUAUUUGGCAUGGGAGCCAUAGGUAAAACAACUUUGGUAACAGAAAUUCUCAACCACAAAGAUAUAAAAACUAUGUUUAAAGAAAUAAUAAUGGUUGAGAUUUCUGAAGCCCCCAACAUGGAACGCAUUCAAGAUCAAAUCGCAGAGAAAGUUGGCUUGAAAUUGGAUGGUGUGCACAGUGUAGAGCAGAGGAGAACAUCACUGUAUAACCGUUUGGAGAGAGUGAGUAAGAUACUCAUAAUCUUGGAUAACGUCUGGGCUAAACUUGAUUUGAAUAAAGUGGGGAUUCCAAAACCUCAUGUGAAUCAAAACAAGUUUUGCAAGAUUUUGGUGACAAGCAGGGAGAAGAAUGUGUGUGAAGCUAUGGAGAUAUCGAAGAAUAACAUAUUCGAAGUAAAGCCAUUAGACUAUGAUGAAUCAAAGCAACUUUUCAGAGCACGAAUUGGAGCAAAAAUCAACGACGAUGGCUGGAAAGACCCACAGCGCGAGGACAUGGAGAAAAGAAUGCUGAAUAGGUGUGGAGGACUUCCUCUUGCAAUUGUGGCAUUAGCGGAUGUGCUAAAGAACGAAGAGUCGUUAGAAGCAUGGAAACACUUUGCAUCUGAUUUGGAAAAACCUAUGUCAAAUAGUUUAGCCAAAAGUAGGGGUGUACAUCGUCAAGCCUACACAAUUUUGGAAACAAGUUACAAGCUUAUGGAAGAUGAAAAGAAAAAGAGGUUCUUCUUGCUUGCUUGUUUGUUUCCAUUUGGUGCAAGGAUACCGAUUGAAGAUAUGAUGAGGUAUGGCAUCGGAUUGGAAUUGCUUGAGAAUGUUGACAAUCUUAUCGAAGCCAUGGAGCAAGCCAACAGAUGGGUGGAGGAGCUCAAAUCAUCAUCUUUGUUGUUAGAAGAUGAAGAUUAUAAACAAAUUCAUGUGAAAAUUCAUGAUGUGGUUCGGGCAUCUACAAUAUUUCUUGCAGAACAAGGUGGUGACAUGAUUAUGGUGGAAGGCUUUCCUCGAUGGAUGUCGUUGAAGUCUUGCUCAAAGUAUUAUGCCAUCUCUUUGAUGUCCGGUUCUAAUCAUUCUCGUCUAAAUAAACUCAAUUACGACAAGCUUCGAAUUUUGAUAUUAGAUCAUACUCGAGGGGAAUUUGAGGAUACUUUCUUUCAGGGGAUGAAGUAUUUGAUGGUUUUGGUUCUACGCGGGAUGAAACUUAAGCCAAAGUUACCAAGCUCCAUGCUUAAUUUAAAGAGCAGUCUUACAACGCUGAUCAUGGAGAAUUGUGAAUUGGGAGAUAUAACAGGAAUUGGUGAGUUGACCAACCUUGUUGUUCUUAGUUUAAGGAGAUCAUUUAUAGUGGAAAUAUCAGAGGCAAUAGGGAAUCUUUGCAAUCUUCGCUUUUUGGAUUUGACAGAGUGCAGUAUUGAGAGAAAUGGAAUAGCUGCUAAUGUCCUAUCUAAGCUCUCUCUCUUGGAAGGACUUUACGCUCUUAAUGGUGGUUCGGAACCAUGGAGAUAUAAUAAUAAUAAUGAUGAUUCUAAAAAGGGUGAAUAUUCAUCUUAUGCCCGCUUUGCUGAGUUGAAUUAUUUGAGCUUCCUCAAACUGCUUCAGUUACACGUGGCAUUCAAUGAUUGGCCAAUUGAUGAUCAUCAACUCCAAUUUCUCAGUAAUCUCGAUCACUUUCGUAUAUGUUUUGGAUAUUGUAUGAUAUUUCCAAGAGGAUACUCUCGUGCUUUAUCCGGGAUUUACGACGAUUCUUGGUCAUCAAUUGUAAGAAAUAAUGGUGUAAGGGUAUUACUCGAGAAGACUCAAUAUUUGAGACUAGAAUGGAUGACGGAGCUCAAACAUAUUAAUGAUGAGAUCCAACAACAAGAAGAAGACGAAACCAAAAUGCAGUUGAGUAAUAUUCACUUUCCACAUUCGCAACAGUUGGAUGUUCGAUGGUGUCCAAAGAUGCAAUCUCUCUCAUCUACACCUUUCCAGGCACCCAACUUGACUCCCAACAACAAACUCAACAAUCAUCCCAACAACAAUCUCAACAAUCACAGUGUGAAGGCGUUGUCGAAGAAUAAAGUAGAGGAUGGAGUAGCAGUUAUACAAGCAGAAAGGAGUAGCAGAGGAAAGAGUCGUUUUGGGAUGGCGGGAUGGGGGAUUCGAGGUGGUGGGUGGGGUUUAUGGGGAGGGCUACUUUUUCGAGGUUGUUGGGGCGUUUUUGGGGUGGCUGGGGUUUUUGGGAUGGCUGGAUGGAAAAUUGUGAAUGUUGAUGGGGUUGUCGGGAGUGGAGAUGGGGUUUUCGUGGUGGCUGGUAGGGUCACCGAGAGUGGAGAUGGGUUUUCGGGGUGGCUGGGUGGUGUUUUGGAUUGGAGGGGGUUUUGGAGUGGUUGA